AUGGAUGGCGAUCACUACAAGCAAGGGGCGAUGCCCCCUGCGUACGAUGAGGUUCCUAUGGCGACGCCUCAAGACACCAACAUCCAAAACCGAUCGAGGCCAGUACAGACAUCGAAACCAUGGAGAAAUCCUCGAUACUGGCGCAAGCGGGUUUGGAUCGCCAUCGCGGUCAUUUUGUUGAUUAUCAUUGUUAUCGCAGUGGCUGUUGGCGUAACACAGUCCAAGUCGAACAAGUAUCCAGAUUAUUCUGAAUUGUCGUACGGAUUGAGCGAGACUUAUGAGGGCGAGUCCUUCUUUGAUAACUUUGACUACUUCACUGCGUCCGGUUUUGUACACUACGUUCCUCGUGCACAGGCUGAGCAACUGAACCUAACAUACGCCUCUUCAGAGACGGCUGUUCUCCGCGUUGACACCUCCGUCGGACCCAAUGACGAACCCAAUGCUUCCACUGGGCGGUUCUCCGUCCGCGUCACGUCUCGCAACACCUACGAUGAUGGUCUAUUCAUCUUCGACAUCAAGCACAGCCCCUUUGGCUGUGGAACCUGGCCUGCUCUGUGGUUGACCAACCCUUACAAGUGGCCCGACGAUGGCGAGAUUGACGUUAUGGAGGCCGUGAACGAAGCCGAUGAUGGCAACCAGAUGACACUCCACACGACCAGUGGUUGCAAAAUGAACGUGAAGCGGAAGCAAACCGGCAAGGCGGAGAAAACCGACUGCGAUCACGAUGCCAAUAACAACGCCGGCUGUGGCGUCACCGACGACAAGGAGAGCUAUGGCGAGUCCUUCAACGAAGACGAAGGUGGUGUCAUGGCAGUCGAGUGGCGAGACGCUGGCAUUCGCAUCUGGCAAUGGGCACGCAGCGCGAUCCCCUCGGACAUCACGAGCAAGAAGCCCAACCCGGCGAGUUGGGGCACGGCCAACGCCGACUUUCCCGGCACGAAGUGCAACAUUGGGAACCACUUUCGCAACCAGUCCAUUGUGGCCAACAUCAACCUCUGCGGGGAGUUGACCGAAGCUACCUACUCAUCGUCCGACUGCCCAAGCAACUGCACAGAUUACGUUGCCAAUAAUCCUGAUGCUUUCAAGAAUGCGUUCUGGGAGUUUGGGUCGUUCGACGUGUACCAAGCUUCGUAG